AUGGAAAAUAACAUGGGCGAAAUUAUUGAAAUAGUAAACGAAGCUACACAACCAAUUCCCGAACAAAACCUCCUAACAACAGCAUCAUCCUCAUCCGAAGACGAAGAAAAAGCGCCACAUACCCCAAAUUAUGAAAGAUCUCCAAGCUGCGGAAAAAAUAUCGAGCAAUUGAAGGCCAUAUACAACGAGAAAGAGACCACCACCACGGUAAAACCAAAACAAUGUAAACCGAUACCCCCGCCUCGAAAACGAAAGAGACCCACCACUAACACUGAAGGGCCUGGACCCGGAAGACCCACUAAAGAUUUGGCGUUGCUACGCGACGCGAAAAGUGGCGAAAACGAUGACGGUGCCGAUGAUGCAUUGUCAAUUCAAGUAGCACUAUUUUCGGGAAACGGGCAAUUUCGAAAAAAGGCAAAGCUGUUAACCAAGCAUGACAAGGACAUUAAAUGUUUUGCAAUAAAACACUAUGCGCCGCUUGAAUAUAUUGCAGAGGAAAAAGUAAAAGCAUUUGGAAAAAUAAAGAAACAAAGACAUAACCUAAAAAUACUCAAUUAUAUGUAACAAAAUGUGCUUGCCAACCUACAAGAAAUACAAAACUUUUAAAAUAAUGUAAAUAAUAUGUGAAAAAUGUAAAUUUAAUAAAUAUUUUUUAGUAAAUAAAUUGAAAAAACACAAUUUUCAACCGUCUCCGUUAAUUAUUAACAGCCUAUACGCACGCCAGCCCGCACGCCACCCGCACGCUCAAAAAACAGGCGCACCGGAUGUACGUCACCGGAAGUACGUCAUACGCGUCACGUGACACUGCCCAUAAAAUCCCCGCCAAAUUCAAAUGGCCUCACUUCGGUCGACCAGGCCUUCGGCGACACAUCUCCUCCUUUAAUGUUGCGCAACCCGCGCAUUAUUGUUGCGACACCGCGCGUGCCUUUUGGGGACGUCAUGGUGAGCCCAAAACCCCCCCCCGUCCGUGGACACACUUUUUCACUCUUUUUCGCUGACAAUGCACUUUUUCGUAAUACUAUUUUAUAGUAAAAAAAAAAUUCCCACCCCCCACUUUUUUAUCGAAUACUUUGUUCCUCUUACUACUAUAGCAACUAUUAAUAGAGGUCUUUAAGAGAGGUCUUGGGGCAUGAAACAUUUCGAUUGUAUGUAGGAUAUGCUUGUGACUGUCUGUAUAUAUUUUGAUCUUUUUUAUUUGUUGUUUUUUUCAUUAGUCAACGGAAAUUAUAGUUUCUGUGUCAGGCUUUAUCCCUAGGAUCAAUAAAGCCUGAUACUCAGGCUAAAGAUUCCCAUGCAAAGAUACAUUCAGAUGAAAAUAAUUUUCAUUCAGAUCAAAAUAAUAUUCAUUCAGAUCAAAAUAAUUUUCCUUUCUUUGUGUCUUUUAGAAUAUCAUGUCUCUCCUCCAUUUAAAAAGUUUUGUUUCAUGUGAGGGGAAAUAGUCACUAAGACUGACUCCCUUUUGGCGAAGCAGAGGAAAAAUUAUGCAAGGGUGGCAUGCUGUGAGUAAUGCUAUUUUCAUUUCAAAAUGGCAGUGUUUAUAUCAGUUUUCGAAGGAAAAUUUAGGUGCAAACAUUCAGGUGAACUGUCCUGGAGGGGGCUUCGAAAAACGCUUUUUCUCAAGGAAAACAUGACAAUAACAUGCUCAGGUGGUAUGGGGGUAAUGCCGAAGAAGACUGCACAAGCUGCAAUAAAGCAUAUUGAGAAACAUCAUCAGACGUUCGAGGCAUUGAGAACUUGCGGAAAUGAAUUCACAUGCAAAAAUUAAUCAUUUGUAAUUACGAUACUAGCUUUUAACAUGGUAAUACCAUUUACCCUAAUCUUGCCCCCUUGAGAAAGGCCAAUUGGACAAGUAAAAAAAAAUCAAAUCGGUAAAUCACCUGUUAUCCCUCAUAAGUCCCCCUGAAACCAAAAUGUUUCUUUCAGUUCGGUGACUUCUAUAUACGAAUUCAGUUUGGUGACUUUGUUUUGCUUACACCAAUAUCUAUGGAAGAUACGUCACCUGCAGGGAGCAUUCCAACCACAAUCCGAGAAUUGUUUCAACUGGCCAAAGAGACAGGGCUACCGGUUGGAAUUCCAAUUGGCAAGAAAGGGGAACUCACCCUCAGAGAAAAGGCCAUCCUUGGCGACUUGAAACUCCUGUUGGGAUAUAGGCAUGCAAGGUACCGGUCUAAUCGCACACUUGGAGCAUAUUGGCGGCUAGAUCGCAACCCUGCAGCACCCAUUCCACCACAAGAACCACCACCUCGACGACCUCCCCAAGUGAUGAUAAACCUAGACAGUGAUGAGGAUGAGCAGCCACCCGCUGAAAACGAACCUCCAGCAAGACCAAGACCACCACCAACCAACCUAAACCAUGCUCUGGUGAUACUAGCAUGAAACAAUCGUUCCGACAUAAAAACCGUCACGUCAGUUGGAUAGAGGUGCAUAGAUUGUUCACCAUGUGAUACCCAGAGGUAAACUCGACUAGCGAACGGCUGAAGAACAGAGUGAGAAACCUACAAAGGAAGAACCCGAACUUAUAAACUCUAUAGAAUAACUUAAUGUAAAUAGUAAAUGGUUCAUGGGAAAUGUAAAUAGUAUAAGGUUUCAUGUUAAUAAAUUUAUAUUCACUGGAGAGCACCUUUUUUUUCACCUUUCUUAUUUAUAAUUUUUUUUCUCCAAAUUUUGUUUAAUGCAAUAUUAUAAGGAUCUCACCAGGGAAAUUUAUAAUCCUAAGGAUCCGAGAACAUUUAAGUCUGUUUGUGUGAAGUGUCAUACAACUCGCCCCCUGACGAAAUCGAACUUGUCGAAUCGAACAUGUUGUUAAAUUUAUUGUCACAUAAAUUGUAAGUUGUUGAUUGUAAUUUUGUUGUGCUUGUUUGUUGAUCUUCACGUCUGUCUGUUUGUUUGUCGAUCUGCAAGCCUGUUAUUGUUCAUACUGUGUAUUUCAAAUGACUUGAAACCCCGUUAUUGGAGAACUAAUCUCUGUGUGGUAAGUCCAGCCAUGUAAUCUAUUGUGUAACUAAUUUUGUGUAAUAGUUUGUGUUAAAUGGCAAAAUCAGUAAAGUAAAAUAAAAUAAAACUAAUUUUGUUUUUUUUUUUAUUUCAGCUUCAGGAAAAAGGCUUUGAAAGUUUCAAAGGGAAGAAGAGGUUGAGAAUGGAGGGUAGGUAUCUGUCUAUGGAAUGUGAGCGCAUAAAACUACCGGAAUAUAUUACUCAAGAUUCAUUAAUGCGCAAUUUUGCAUCCUUUCACUGGUUCCAACUUGUGAAAUAAUUUAGAUUGUCACAGGCUUUGGGAGACGCUAAAGCUAUGCAAAAAAUAGUUGGUGGUCCCCUUUGGGAACAACUCUCCCAAAUUGAGUUUUAUAGUGCAAUUCUGCGUAACAACUUAUUUGGACGAUUGAUCAAAGUAAGUUGGAAGGAUAUAGCCCAAGCAUAG